CCACCCAAAAAAAUCCUUGGACCAGCUGGAGGCACAGACUUCGUGGAUUAUUUUGCAGAAUUAAAUUUGUGCGUUUUCUAAAGAAAAUCCGAAGAACGAUACCACCGCCACCAUGGGAGUGCCAGCCUUUUUCCGCUGGUUAUCACGCAAAUACCCGUCCGUGAUAAUCGAAUGCGUGGAGCAAAAGAACACCGACGAUCAUGGAAAUGUGCAGUACGAGGACAUGAGCAAUCCGAACCCGAAUCGGAUAGAGUUCGAUAAUUUGUACUUGGACAUGAACGGCAUCAUACACCCGUGCACGCAUCCGGAGGACAAACCGGCACCGAAGAACGAGGACGAGAUGAUGGUUGCCAUCUUCGAGUGCAUCGACCGGCUGAUGAACAUCGUGCGCCCCCGCAAGGUGCUGUACAUGGCGAUCGACGGGGUGGCACCGCGGGCGAAGAUGAACCAGCAGCGCUCCCGGCGUUUCCGUGCGUCGAAGGAAGCCGCCGAAAAGGCGACGGAGGUGGCGCGCAUUCGCGAGGAACUGGCGGCCAAGGGUGCUAUCUUGCCACCGGAGAAGGAGAAGGGCAGCCACUUCGAUUCGAACUGCAUCACGCCGGGAACCCCGUUCAUGGAUCGGUUAAGCAAAUGUCUGCAGUACUACAUUCACGAUCGCAUGAACAACUAUCCGGGCUGGAAGGACCUGAAGGUGAUCCUGUCGGAUGCGAACGUACCCGGCGAGGGUGAGCACAAGAUAAUGGACUACAUUCGCAAGCAGCGCGUCCAGCCGGAUUACGAUCCCAACACACACCAUGUGCUGUGUGGUGCGGACGCGGAUUUGAUUAUGCUCGGGUUGGCGACGCACGAAACACACUUCACCAUCAUUCGCGAAGAGUUCCUGCCAAACAAGGACCGGCCGUGCGAUAUCUGUCAGCAGAUCGGACAUGAAAUGAAGGACUGCUCUGGGUUGCAGUCGGAGCGCGACAUGAUCAAAACCCCACCCGGUCCGGGUAAAGAGACACAGUUUAUCUUCGUGCGGCUGAACGUACUGAAGGAGUAUCUACAGAAGGAGCUGGAUAUGCCGAAUCUCCCGUUUGCGUAUGAUUUCGAGCGCGUAAUCGACGAUUGGGUGUUUAUGUGCUUCUUCGUUGGUAACGACUUUCUGCCGCAUCUGCCCAGCUUGGAGAUUCGCGAAAAUGCGAUCGAUCGAUUGAUCACGCUGUACAAGAAGUGCGUGUACAAGACGCGCGGCUAUCUGACUGAUUCGGGAUCGGUGGUGCUCGAUCGAGUCGAGAUGAUAAUGACGGAUUUGGGUUUCGCGGAGGACGAAAUCUUCCGCCAGCGCAAGGUCAGCGAGGAUCGGUUCAAGGAGCGCAACAAACGGAUGCGCCUGCAGAAGGAUCGGCAGCAGCGGCCCAACUUUCAGCACAUCAACAACUCCCAGUUUGCACCGACACCGCUGGGUCGUGGUGUGCAGCCGGCCGCCAUUGUCAAUGCACGGCAAGAGGCAGCCCAUUUCCGUAUGCUCGGUAGCGGUGGCGGAUCUGGAAGUGCAUCGUCGGCCACGGGUGGCAACGAAGCGACCGAGGGGGGUAAGCCUCGCGAUAUGAAACGGAAGGCCGAGGAACCACUAUCGGUCGUCGUGGCCGAGGAGGAAGAGAAGGAAACACCGGAUGAAGUGAGGCUGUGGGAGGACGGCUUCAAGGAUCGGUACUACGAGUCCAAGUUCGAUGUGUCCCCGCAGAACAUCAAGUUCCGGCAGACGGUGGCCUGGGAGUACGUGAGAGGCUUGUGUUGGGUCCUGCGCUACUACUACCAGGGCUGCGCAUCGUGGGAAUGGUACUUCCCCUACCACUACGCACCGUUCGCGUCCGAUUUUAAGCAUCUGGAGAACGUGAACACACACUUCGAUCGUGGAACUCCCUUCAAACCGCUCCAGCAGCUGAUGGGCGUGUUUCCGGCGGCCAGUCGCAGCCACGUACCACCGGCCUUCGCCGAGCUGAUGGUCGAUCCCCGUAGUCCGAUCAUCGAUUUCUAUCCGAUCGAUUUCCACAUCGAUCUGAAUGGCAAGAAGUUCGCGUGGCAGGGCGUUGCUCUGCUACCGUUCGUCGAUGAGAAGCGACUAUUCCGUGCGACCGAUCCAAAGGUACCACUGCUAACGCAAGAGGAACGAUUACGCAACGAGAAUGGUGACGCGAAGCUGUUUGUGCUUCCGGGCAGUACCGGAUAUCGUACGCUGGCCGGACUAUACGGUGGCAACGAUGUGGAUUACGAGCGCGAGGUUGCCGUCACGGUCGAUUACGUGCAGGGAUUGAUCGUACCGACGAAGGAGAACGUACCGCAGGACGGAACCCUUCCAUCGCCCAUUCCGGGCCUCACGGCUGUAACGGAUAACCGGGUGCUAACGGUGCGGUUCCUCGAUCCGAAGUUUGCCGACGAUUUCAUAUUCCCCGCCCGGAAGCUAGACAAUGCGACCGAUCAACCGAAGGUGUUGGGUGCGCAAGAUGGGCCAGUGAUUGGCUUUGGACCGCGUGUCGAUCGCGCCCAACUCGGUGCAGCCGGUCACCGGAUGGUCAACAAUCGCCUAGGACUCGGUUACGGAGGAUCCGGUGGUGGUGGCCGAGGUGGUCGAGACCACGAUGGCUACGGCAACGCCGGUGAACGCCGGAAUAACUUUCAAUCGAGAGGAGGCAACGGAAGCGGCUAUGACAACAGCGGCAAUCGCUACGAUGGAGGAGGUGGUGGUGGCGGUGGUGGUGGUAACCGCAACGCACCCUACAACAACUACUCCGGCUACAACACUGGCAACAACAGUUCGAGUGGAGGGAGCAGUAACAGCUCACGGCAAUAUGGUCGCCAGCAGAAUAAUGCCUUUGGCGUGAACGACACUCGUCCGGCUCCCGGUGGUGGAAAUCGUAGCGUAUUCGAACAGCUCAGCAGCCAGAUUCGGCAAUAUCAGCAGCAAGUAGUGCGCGAAAUCACGCGCAAUUCGAUGCCACCGGCAAAUAAUCUUCUGCGGAAUCCAUUCGCUGAUCGACCUCCUUACAACACCGACAGUGGCAGCAACUGGGUGACGAAUAAUGGAGGACGAAAUAACUACAACAACAGCAACAACAAUAACCGCGGAGGCAACGGUGGCAAUCGUGGUGGUGGCGGCGGUGGAGGAGGAAGACACUUCCAGCAAGGAGGUGGUAGGGGUGGCGGAGGACGCUAUGGCGCAGGAAAUAGAUUCAAUUAACAGCGGAAGAAAGCGGAAGGUUACCGGCCAGAUCCUUACGAUCGUGCGAACGAUCACGCGCAAGUGCAUUGUUCAUUUUAACCACCGAACUCACACACUCAUAUGCGAUCACACGAUUCAACAAGCAACUGUUUAGCGGAAGACACGGUGACAACGAGCGGAAGAAAGCUCUAGGACGUCUUUUGGGGGGUUUAAGUACAAAGUAGAUUUGUAUGAGCAUCAGCGCGUCGUAACACAAUAGGGUUAGCACCCUAGAGACACGCCCGGUGCGGGGCGUCCGGUAGUAUACCUUACGUCUUUGCUCACAUGCAAAAGAAUCUUGACUAGUUGUGCCGCGGAAAAUAUACACAACAUUCGAAGUCCUACAUGCUUUUUUUUAUCAUUUAAUUGUCACAAGUGCAAGGAAAGAAACUUAUUUCGAUGGGGGUAUGUGUUCGGCUACUGAAUGUAUUAAGACAGUCACUUUGGGAAGCGUUACUUAGUUGGAUUGAUAAAUACAGACUCAAUGAGCAGACCAGAAAUGGUUCACCGUCGAUCUAUAUUGUAUGUCUAGGUUAGUGCAAACAUUUAGGUUUUGAAUCUGAAGCAUCAAGCAAUAUUUAAACUUUCAGUGAAUAUUGUACAAUUUCCUUUCGCGUUUCAAUAUUCUUUGAAGAGCAAGAAAAACGUGAAGCACCUUUUGUUAUUAAUACGUGUCUUAAACCAUAUAUACAAUAAAUAAU